AUGGUGGUCUGUGAUGAAGAGGAGCAUGGGACCAUGGGUGCAGGGGAGCAUGGGACCAUGGGUGCAGGGGAGCAUGGGACCAUGGGUGCACGGGAGCAUGGGACCAUGGGUGCAGGUCUGCAUGGGACCAUGGGUGCAGGGGAGCAUGGGAACAUGGGUGCAGGGGAGCAUGGGACCAUGGGUACAGGGGAGCAUGGGACCAUGGGUGCAGGUCUGCAUGGGACCAUGGGUGCAGGGGAGCAUGGGACCAUGGGUGCAAGGGAGCAUGGGACCAUGGGUGCAGGUCUGCAUGGGACCAUGGGUGCAGGGGAGCAUGGGACCAUGGGUGCAGGGGAGCAUGGGACCAUGGGUGCAGGUCUGCAUGGGACCAUGGGUGCAGGGGAGCAUGGGACCAUGGGUGCAGGGGAGCAUGGGACCAUGGGUGUAGGGGAGCAUGGGACCAUGGGUGCAGCGCGGGGGCGGGGAGUGGAAGCGGAGGGGAAGGCGGAGUGGAAGCGGGGGGGAAGGCGGAGUGGAAGCGUGGGGGAAGGCGGAGUGGAAGCGUGGGGGAAGGCGGAGUGGAAGCGUGGGGGAAGGCGGAGUGGAAGCGUGGGGGAUGCUUUGGGGAGCAUAAGAGUAUCGGAUCAGCGGGGCAUCGGAGCAAGGGAGAAGCACAACGGGGGAGCAGCGAGGCGCGGGAGGGAAGAGGAGCAUUUCGGGAGGGGUUGCCUCCCUUACCCGAGCGGCAAGGUGGAGAAGGACGUCAAGCAGCUGCAGAUCGGCGUCAAGUUCAAGCCGGAGACCUGCAGCACCAAGGCGCGCAACCUCGACACUGGCAUGCUGGUGGACGGCAGCGUGUUUGACUCGAGCUACGAGCGCGGCGACCCGCUGCAGUUCCGCUUGGGGCAGGGCAACGUGAUCAAGGGUGGGUGGGGGGGGCAGGGCAACGUGAUCAAGGGUGGGUGGGGGGGGCAGGGCAACGUGAUCAAGGGUGGGUGGGGGGGGCAGGGCAACGUGAUCAAGGGUGGGUGGGGGGGGCAGGGCAACGUGAUCAAGGGUGGGUGGGGGGGGCAGGGCAACGUGAUCAAGGGUGGGUGGGGGGGGCAGGGCAACGUGAUCAAGGGUGGGUGGGGGGGGCAGGGCAACGUGAUCAAGGGUGGGUGGGGGGGGCAGGGCAACGUGAUCAAGGGUGGGUGGGGGGGGCAGGGCAACGUGAUCAAGGGUGGCGUGGAAGGGGAGCUUGUGCACGCCCAAGCCCAACAUCCCUCCCUCCACUCUGCAUGUACCCCUGCCCUGCUAUGUUUUCCUCCCCCUCCUUCCCCCCCACUUCCCAUGGACCCGUGGAGCAGGUUACUCCCCCCCCUGGCCACUCCCCACUCCCCCUCUGGCCACUCCCCGUCCCGCCACUUCCCCUCAUGGCAUGCCACUCCCCCUCUUCCCACUGCCCCUCUUCCCACUGCCCCUCUUCCCACUGCCCCUCUUCCCACUCCCCCUCUUCCCACUGCCCCUCUUCCCACUCCCCCUCUUCCCACUGCCCCUGUCUGCAUGCGCUGCUUACCAUGCCGCUCCUCCUCCAUAGCUCCCAUCACGUCCCCCACACUCCACACUGCCCGUGUGCCCUCUCCCUCCUCGCGUCUGUGCUCCUCCGCAUGGCCACGCCUCACUGCCUCACAGCGCGGGGCGACGCUCAUCUUUGAGACGGAGCUGGUGGAGAUCGUGGGGGCCAAGCCCGACGACGAGCUCUGA